CGUGGCUUCCCGGGAGGCCUGCGCUGCUGAUCACUCUUUCGGGUGGUGGGGACGAGCAGAGCCGGUUUGCCUUCAGCCGAGGCCGGGUGAGCGGUUGCCACCCCGCUCCCGGAGCGUCUUUCCACAGCGCUGCCCAUGCCCUCGGGAGAAGGGGGCGCUCGUCAAAGUCGGUACAAAAAUAUACGAAGCGUCAGCCCCAAACCAUAUAGAGCAAACAUGAAUGACAUUUCGCAAAAGGCGGAGAUUCUGCUGUCUUCAUCUAAACCUGUUCCCAAAUCCUAUGUGCCAAAGCUAGGCAAGGGUGAUGUGAAGGAUAAGUUUGAAGCCAUGCAGAAGGCCAGAGAAGAGAGAAAUCAAAGGCGAUCUAGAGACGAAAAGCAAAGAAGAAAAGAACAAUGUAUUAGAGAGAGAGAAUGGAACAGGAGAAAGCAGGAGAUUAAAGAAAUGCUUGCUUCAGAUGACGAGGAAGAGAUUUCUGCUAAAAUAGAAAAGGCUUAUGUCCCAAAGCUAACAGGGACGGUUAAAGGUAAAUUUGAUGAAAUGGAGAAACACAGACAGGAAGAACAAAGGAAGCGAACAGAAGAGGAAAGAAAACGCAGGCUUGAGCAGGAUCUGUUGGAAAAGAGGAAAAUACAGCGUGAAUUAGCAAAAAGAGCUGAGCAGAUUGAGGACAUUAACAAUACGGGAACCGAAUCCGCAGCAGAGGAAGGAGAUGACUCACUGCUUAUAACAGUGGUGCCUACCAAGUCAUACAAAAUGUCCGCAAGAGUAAAGAACGCCGAGGACCUGGAACAAGAACAAGGGAGUGAGCGGCUUAACCAUGAAGAUGAUAAGACAAGGAGACACGGGGAAGAGUGCCGGUCUCUCAAGGAAGCAGAGUGUCUUUCGUUAGUCAUGGAUGAUGAAACUGAGGCCAAAAAAGAGUCCCCUUUUCCUGGAAAACUGAAAUUAACCUUUGAGGAACUGGAGCGACAAAGACAAGAAAAUCGCAAGAAGCAAGCUGAGGAGGAAGCGAGACGGCGCUUAGAGGAAGAGAGGCGGGCCUUUGAGGAAGCCAGGAGGCUCAUGGUAAACGAGGAGGAUGAAAACCAAGACACAGGGAAGGUUUUUAAAGAGUACCGCCCUGGAAAACUCAAACUCAGUUUUGAAGAACUAGAAAGGCAGAGGAGAGAAGAAGAAAAAAGAAGAGCCGAGGAGGAGGCCCGGAGGAGAAUAGAGGAGGAGAAGGCGGCAUUUGCUGAAGCAAGGAGAAGCAUGGUACUAGGUGAUGACUCCCCAGAGAUAUACAAAACAGUUUCUCAAGAAUCUCUGAUGCCUGGAAAACUGGAAAUUAAUUUUGAAGAAUUAUUAAGACAAAAAAUGGAAGAAGAAAGACGACGAACGGAGGAGGAACGAAGGCAUAAACUAGAAAUGGAGAAGCAGGGAUUUGAGCAGCUGAGGCAGGAAAUGGGAGAGGAAGAAGAAGAAAAUGAAACUUUUGGAUUGAGUAGAGAAUAUGAAGAACUAAUCAAAUUAAAAAGAAGUGGUUCUAUUCAAGCUAAAAAUCUAAAAAGUAAGUUUGAAAAAAUUGGACAGUUGUCUGAAAAAGAAAUACAGAAGAAGAUAGAAGAAGAACGAGCAAAGAGGAGAGCAAUUGACCUUGAAAUUAAAGAGCGAGAAGCAGAAAACUUCCACGAGGAGGAUGAUGUUGAUGUAAAGCCUGCAAAAAAAAGUGAAUCUCCCUUUACUCAUAAAGUGAACAUGAAAGCCAGAUUUGAACAAAUGGCUAAGGCAAGAGAAGAGGAGGAACAACGGAGAAUUGAAGAACAAAAGUUACUACGAAUGCAGUUUGAACAGAAAGAAAUUGAUGCGGCACUACAAAAGAAAAGAGAAGAUGAUGAGGAGGAAGAAGGUAGCAUCUUUAAUGGCUCCACUCCUGAAGAUGAAGAGCAAACCAGAUCAGGAGCUCCAUGGUUCAAAAAGCCUCUCAGAAACACCUCAGUUGUAGACAGUGAGCCAGUCAGAUUCACUGUGAAAGUAACAGGGGAACCCAAGCCAGAAAUCACAUGGUGGUUUGAAGGAGAAAUGCUGCAGGACGGAGAAGACUAUCAGUACAUCGAAAGAGGUGAAACUUACUGCCUCUAUUUGCCAGAGACUUUCCCAGAAGAUGGAGGAGAAUACAUGUGCAAAGCAGUCAACAAUAAAGGCUCUGCAGCAAGUACCUGCAUUCUUACCAUCGAAAUGGAUGACUACUAGGCUUCCUUCUCUCCUUGGAACUCUUUCUGCAGCUCUUUUGCUACAUUUCUGUGGAGGGGCCAGAGGAGCUACUAUGUUGACUUAAUACCCUUCCCCAAAAGAGGAGAUCAUCCAAAGAAUGCCUUUUCCAAUGCACAUCAGGCGUGCCCAGUUCAAAUGUAGCCGACAGGGAAGGGAGAUGUACUCAUUCUGUCAGAACCUAAACCAAAAGCUUUUUAUUUACCAAUUAUGCUUGCAUGACUAAAUUUAAGGAUGAGUUUCACCUCUAAAAUCAGGCAGAGGACAAUGUAUGUAUGUAACUGCUGUAGCCUCAAGUGUUCUGAAGCAGAUAUACCGACAGAGUAGCGUCAUUCUUCUCACAACAAAGGUGGAACACCGAAAAACCCAAGCAGUUUUUUAAAAAAGGAACUACUAAAUUUGAUACAAACCAAAGCUUGUGCAGUGUUCCAAGUGUGAUGAGUAUUUAACAUGUUUUCAAAUGUGCAAUGACUUCACUUAAAUUUAUGCUGUGACCUUCUCAACAAAUUAUACUUUAAUGAGAAAAUAUUAGUAUUCUAUGUAGGAACAAUGGCUUUUUAAAACAUAGUUGAAGGUUUCAAGACAUAAGAGGAAUAGAUUUAGGAGAAAGUGAUUCAUUUUAAAAUAAGUCUGUAAAUGUCAAAUAUGGUAGGUACACACCUUUACCCCCAGAACUUGAGAGACAAAGGCAGCAGUUCAAUGUCACCCUGGUCUAUAUCAUGAAUUCCAGGCUAGCCAAGACUACAUAGUGAGACUGUCUGGAAACAACAACGAAGUCUGUAAAUAAUAAUUAACUAUUGUGUUCUAUUAUUUGGUUGUUUUGUAUUUAUAUUCAAUUUCCUGGAAAACAAUUUAUUCUUACAUUGUGAAACCCUAAUAAAGUUACCCGUGCUUUAAAAA